ACGUCGUGAUAUAAAUAUUUAAAUAUUGAUCUAUUGCGUUCGAUUCUGAAUCAAAAUUCGAUACGAACUUCGGCACCAAUCGACAGGGGAACUAGUGAACUUGCGAAGUUGCAUUUUGUUUCAGUCAUUYAGCCUUUUCUUGUACAAGUCUGCUCUAUUCGCGGCAUUACCGCAUACCACGUAACCGCGUUCCCAACUUCAUCCGUACAUUUUCUUGCRUUGUAAAGACCAAAGUUGAAUACUUGAAAAUUAUAUUAUUAUCUGAAUGACUGAAUGGGUAAAUAAAAUAAAAUAAAAAUAAAAAAGCAAAAAACUACAUUGUAAUUUCGAUGGAACAAUAUCCGAUGACCGAUAUCGCCGCUGAUCACCGUUGGUAGUGCAGCACUAAAAUAUCGUCUUCACGUCUUUCCAUCAAUCGUCAUCAUCAUAUACAUCGUCAUCAUAGUAUCUGUGCGCGGUCGAGCACAGUUUUUCUGAGUCUGCUUGGAAACGAAAUCGAACGACAAUCAUAAAACAUAAUAUAUCCGAUUCCGAUGAUAUGCGCCAUGAGAUGGAAGAAUAGAYGCACAAUUAGUCGUUUUUGUUGAACCGUAAAUUAAAGARAUGUAAGUAGGUCAUUUUUAGACUGGUUCUCGAACAGAUUUUAUCCCACUGCUAAUCCCUUUGGUGAAGUAGUGGGAAAGUCGAAAAUAAAUUAAUCCCAAAGCGUUGUUCAACUACUCGAUGGCACGUCUAAUUCAGCGACUGUCAUCAGUUGAUCAGAAAUUAACUAUGGGUCAGACAUUAUCAGAACCGGUGACUACAAAGCACACAGAAAGCUGUCAGAACCAGUAUCUAAAAGUUGGCUCCAGCUCUAUGCAAGGAUGGAGAAUCAACAUGGAAGACUCCCACACUCAUAUACUAGCACUUCCUGAUGAUCCUAGUGCGGCAUUUUUUGGAGUAUAUGAUGGUCAUGGCGGUGCAAGAAUAGCACAAUAUGCUGGGAAGCAUUUACAUAAAUUUAUUACCAAGAGGCCAGAGUAUGAAGAAAAUAAAAUUAUUGAUGCCUUACAACUGGGUUUCAUGGACAUGGACACUGCUAUGGCUGAAGAUGAAGUUUUAAAAGAUGAGCUGGCUGGAUCAACUGCUGUAGUUGUUUUAUUAAAAGACAAAAAAAUGUAUUGUGCAAAUGUUGGAGAUUCGAGAGCUAUUGCAUCUGUAAGUGGUGUAGUUGAACCACUUUCAUAUGACCACAAGCCAAACAAUGAGUUAGAAACUAAAAGAAUUGAAGCAGCUGGUGGUUGGGUCAUGUUUAACAGGGUGAAUGGCAACUUAGCUCUAUCUAGAGCUUUAGGAGAUUAUAUUUUCAAAAAAAAUGACCAAAAAAAAUUAGAUGAACAAAUUGUUAUUGCCUGGCCCGACAUUGAAGUAAAACCAGUUACAAAGGACUUAGAAUUCAUUGUCUUAGCAUGUGAUGGCAUUUGGGACGUAAUGACUAAUGAAGAAGUUGUUGAGUUUGUGCGUUUCCGUGUCAGCAAUGGCAUGGAGCCUGAAGAUAUAUGUGAAGAUUUAAUGACAAGGUGUCUAGCACCUAAUGGUCAAAUGGGAGGUCUUGGAUGUGACAAUAUGACAGUUGUGAUAGUUUGUUUCUUAGGAGAAGGGCGUACUUGGAAAGAAUUACAAGUUCAAUGUUCUAAACCUUCAGCUGCAGAAUCAAACAACCCAAAUAGCUCCCCAUCAUCAAGUCCCCAAUCCAAGCACUAGUAUUUUCUUGAGCAUUGUUUUAUUUAUAUUUUAUUUUACUUUGGUUCUCACACAUCAUUUGUUUUCUGGCAAUAAAUUAAUAUUAAUAAUAAUAAUAAUAAUAAUAAUAAUAAUAAUAAUAAUAAUUGUGUACAUAAUAGCA